GAAAUCGUAGUAGCAAGUGAAGAAAAAAAUCAGUAAAUCACAAUGAAGUUCUCUUUGGUAGUAUUUUUGGCUUGUGCCAUCGUGGCAACAACUUUGGCAGCUGCUCCUAAUUCCCAAAGACAGAAAAAGGAUAGUGACAAACUUCCUGGAGUAAGGAAAAAUGAGAACCAUGAACGUGCAGCUGCUCCUCAUCCUGCUCCUCGUGCCAACAAUAAAGGAGCCAAAAAAACCCAAGCCAGAGCCGGACCACCAGCCCCAAACCCAGAUAAAACCACUUCUGAAAUAGACCUCCAAACCGCCGUCAAAUCCGCCUUUGACGCCUUUGCUCCUUUGGCCAAAGACGGUUCAAGUUUGGCAGUAGAUGCAGUAAAAAGCUUCCUAGGUGACAACAAAGCUCGCAAUUCUCCAGCCAAUUUGCAAAAACGUGCUGCCAAAUUGGCUACUGACAGUUUUAAUGCUGUCAGAGAUUUUACACCAACUGUGAACAAAUUGGUGCAGACUUACGUACCAAAAGCCUUGGAAACUGCUUCCAAGACUUUGGACUUGCUAGGAUUCUGAGGAACUAGGAUUGAUAUUGGGAUCGAAUGCUUGUACAAUAAUUAUUAGAUAAUAACACUAUUUUUUAAAAUUAAUAGUUGUACAAGUGUUAAUAAGAGCACGUUUGAUGGAUCCACUGGUUAAUAGAAAUGUUCGUGAAAAUGUUAAUGUUUACUAAUAAAUAUAUAUUUUACUAAUGCAAAACAAAAUUAUACUAAUAAAA